AUGCAGCAAAUACAGUAUGCGUUCCCUCCAGCAGGAACAUCAGAGCAUUCCUCAACGCAUAAAUACAAUGAACACCAUUUAGUCCGGAUGACUUCCAUCGAUCCCUUCCCCUCGUAUAUCAAUUUUAAUGAUGCUGACCAAUUCCAACCAAUCAAGUACAUAACUAACUAUGUCCCAGUAUUAGAACCCGAUUGCAAGAAUGAUACCGCUGAUGGCGAUAAUGAUGGAUGCGAUGCUCAAACACAAAUUAGAGUGGACAAUGAAAGAAUAUUGAAAAAUUAUUAUGAUUUGAAAAGACCCUUGAAUAAUGGUAGUGUCACCUCUGGUAGUACCACGAGGCACGAGUCAGUGGUUAGCAACAGUAAUUCUGAUACAACUGCAAAUACUUUACAACAACCUAAUGAAAGAAGUAAAGCAUCCUACUGUUUGGAUAAUUUCAUUGCGAAUUGCAGUCUUAAGAUAGACCCUUACGAUUUCAAGACAAAAUUCAGUAGGAAAUCAAAUGCAGAUGAUAAUGAAGACGGCGAACAAGAUGCGCAAGAUCGACGUCAUAUAACUUACAAUCAAUAUGUAAAGACUCCCUAUGCCAAAUAUUUCCAAAAAUUACUUACUACUGAAGUAAGAGACAUCAGAGUCCUACAGAGACAUUGCCUCUGGACACCUGUACUAAAUGAAAAAUUGAAUAAAUAUUUGGUCAAUCCAGAAGAACCCAUUCCUCAUGACGUUUUACCUAUCUUUAUUGGUGGGUUAGAUUAUAUACCAAGAGCAUAUGAUCAUUACCAAGGUAGUUCCUUAAUUCCUGGGUUAUUUUCUGCCUACAAGUUACCAGCAUUGACAUAUCAUUGUUCUUUGGAAUUUAAUGGUCAGAUUUACAUCUUGGGUGGUUUAAUGGCAUGUCAAAGAAAUGAUUUAGAGGCACCUAAUCUGGAGGAUUUUUAUGUGGAGCCUUUGAAGAAUCUACCACCACCUUUAUUGUCUGAAAUAAUCACCAAUCCAUCCAUGGUCAAUAACCCACAUCUAUACGUAACGUCUGUUAGCGCAUGCCAUUUAACAAGACCUGAAAUUUCUGGUCAUAUUCCUCCAACUUUAUUAUGUUCCACGGCUUCCAAAUUGACGGAUAGACACAUAUUCUUCUAUGGUGGAUUUGAACUUAAGACAGAAUCAUUUGUAAGUUCACAGGGCAAUUAUUAUUUAAAGAAAAGAUUAUUCUUAAAUAAUUGCGGAUAUGUCUUGGACACUGUCACAUUUAAAUUUUCAAAAGUGGAAGUAUUAAAUAAAUCUUAUCAAAUGGUUACCUAUCCAGAUUUUGCAGGAAGAUUUGGUCAUAUGCAACUUUCUAUAAAUAUGCAUGAUAGUAACAACGGGAAAGAUUGUAAACAGCAUAGGAGUAAACUGGACAAAAGUGUACCUGAAAAGGAAUUAUCACCAACGGCUCAUGUGAAGAAUAGCAAUAACAAUUCCAACGUGGGUAGCUGUGGACAUUCAAGUGGUGUCUCCACGAUUUGGAUCUUUGGUGGUUAUAGACAAACGAGCGAGGAGACAUAUGAAAGUAUGAACCAUAUGUGGAAAUUAAAUAUCGAGGUAAUAUCUCGUGGUAAGAGAGGUUAUUGCAAAUUCGCGGAUAGUGUCAUUGCAGAAAAAGUUUUAAUUAAGACGGGAACUGGUGAAUGGCCUUCUCCACGUGCAUUUUUUAGUUAUUCAUUACCUGAAUCAUGGUUUCAAGGGAGACCCUCUUUAGAAACUCGAUUAUUGGAGCAUUUGAAGAAAGAUUUCAUAAUUGAUACGGGUGACCUUGACAAUCAUAAGGAUAGAACAAAGCAACCCAUUUUUCCUCACCAUAGCCAAUCAGAUAAAAGUGUAUCACCACAUUAUCCUACUUCUCCGAACAAGGAUACUGAUAAUCGCAACAACAUUAAAAAGAAUUUAAGUUUGUUGGAUAGAAGAUUCCAAAGUACAAACUCUCCAUUAUUAAUAUUCGGAGAACAAAACUCUGCUGUUGGACCAGAAAAAGAAUUCCCACAAAUAAUCGUGCUUCAUGGUGGUUCCAAUAAUCGUGAAGUAUAUGGAGAUAUGUGGUGGUUCAAUGUGACAGAAGAACGUUGGACCAAAGUUGAGACAUAUGUAGAACAAGCCGGAGAGGCAUUGGUCCCCAUGGAAAUGAAACUUGUGGGUCACACCAUGGUAACAGCAGGUAAAAUGAUUGGUACCGUCGGUGGACUUACACAAGAUGAUGUGAAUAAAGUCUACACGGACGAAACAGAUACAUCUGAUUCCGUUGCAGAUGAAUCUUCAAGCACCUUUAAAUUAGGAGACAGUAUGCUAAAUGUGUUAGAUUUGACUACACAAUGUUUACAGAAUGCCAAACUUCAGAUAGAGGAUGGCAGGAAAGUCCUUGUUCCCAACGAUCACAGUGCUACCACGGGAGCCAUCCUCAGUGUGGCUGGGAGCACGCUGCAGAUCGACGGUACGAUUGUCAUGCUAGGGGGUGUUGUUUCCCGCAGAACAGCCGCCAAGAACUUCUACUUGAGGGGUGCCAUCCUGGAGUUUGUGCUACCGACGAUGAGUCUGGCAAGUUAA